CGAGCCCCCUGACCUGCCCCAGCCGCGCCUCCUCUCGGGUCCGCUCUCGUACCGCCCGUCGCAGUGCGCGCUCUGCCCGUUCCGUCGUUGCGCGCGCGGCCAUGACGGUCUCGCACCGCAAGAACAAGCCCGCCGCGGCGCCCGCCGGGCCGACGGCGGCAGAGCCGGGCGUGCGCUACCACUGCGAUGCGUGCGGCGCAGACAUCACGCUCACCGUGCGCGUGCGCUGCGCCGAGUGCGAGGACUUUGACCUCUGCGGCAGCUGCUUCUGCGAGGGCGCACGCACAAAAGGCCCGCACCGGCCGUGGCACGACUACCGUGUGGUGGAGCAACACGCCUACCCCAUCUUCACGGCCGACUGGGGCGCCGACGAGGAGCUGCUGCUCAUCGAUGGUGCGCAGAUCUACGGCCUGGGCAACUGGGCCGACAUUGCCGACCACAUCGGCAACCGCACCAAGGAGGAGGUGGAGCGCCACUAUCUCGACGUGUACAUCGAGGGCCGCGAUGGCACAGAGGUGGGCGACGCGCGGGCUGAGGCGGCGAUUCGCGCCGAAGAGCAGCGCGCUGCAGGCACGGGCUCGCGCGUGCGCCCGCCAGUUGUCGGGCCGAACAUGGCUUUCGAUGCAGGCAUGGAGGCCGAUGAGUUCCAGACGCGCAAGCGGCGGCGAAUAGAGGGGCUGCGGCAAUCGCAGCGCAUGCAGAACCUCGCGUCCAGCUCGCAGUCCGGCGGCAAGCCUCCACCGCCGCCGAAGCCGCUCGUGUCCGCACCGACGUCGCACUCCGAGCUGGCCGGCUUCAUGCCCGGCCGUCUCGAGUUCGAGACGGAGUACGAGCAGGAGGCCGAGAACCUGACCAAGGACAUGGAGUUUGGCAAGGUGUACAAGUUCGGCGGCGACCUGCCCGGCGAGCUCGAGGCGCUCGGCACGACUGCCACGGCUGGCCGGCGGCGAGACGGCCCCAGCUCAGCGCGCAUGGGCGGCGGCGCGAUGGCCUCGAAGCGCGAGCAGAGCAGCAAGGGCCUGAAGAAGGACGGCAAGCAGGGCGACGAGGAUGAUGAGGACGGCGAGGACGGCGCCAAGGAGAAGGACGAUGACGAGGAGAAGGACCAUGAUGAGGAUGAGCCGGAGCCGGAGGAGCCAGAUCCGGACGCCGACGAGGACGCCGACGUCAGCAUGGCCGACGGCCACGACGACGCGGAGAGCGCCGCAGGCACACCGGCGCCCGCCUCGGCCAUCGCCGGCACGUCCGCUGCGACCGACAAGCAGUCGCAGUCGCAGACCCAGGACCAGACCGGCACGCCGGCGCCGGGCGCAGAGGCCGCCUCGGCAGAUGCAGCGGGCUCCGGUAGUGCUGCUGCUCCGGCUGAGGGCGACGCAAGCGGCGCCGACCGCGCGGCAGACUGGGACGAGGAUGAGGCGGAUCUCGACCUCAAGCUCACGGUGCUGCAAAUGUACAACGAGCGCCUCGACCGGCGAGCGCGGCGCAAGGAGUUCAUCUUCGAGCGCAACUUGAUCGACUACAAGAGGAACCAGACGGCCGAGCGCAAGCGCGCCAAGGAAGAGCGUGAGCUGCUCUCGCGCGUGCGGCACUUUGCGCAGAUGCAGACGGCGCUCGACUUUGAGAUGUUCCUCAACGGCCUCUGCCACGAGGAGGCACUGCGGCGCGCCGUCACGCAGCUGCAGCGCUAUCGCGCCGCCGGCAUCACGACGUUUGCCGAUGCCGCACGCUUCGACGCCGAGACGGCCGAGCGCGCCAAGCGCGCUGCGCAGAUUGCAGAGGGCGGCCUGGCUGCCUUUCCGGCCAGCGGAGCAGCGGGCACGCCGCGUGGCCGAGCGGACACCACGGCGGCGACUGCGGCGGCUCUCGCUCGUGCACGCGCAGCCAGCUCGGUCGCACUCGACGAGGCUACUGCGACGCCGACGUCCAAGGCGGCGGCCGAGGCCAAGGUCCCGCGCAAGCCACCAAAACCGCUCGACCUCUCCGAGCACCCGUCGCUGCACCUGCUUACCGCGAGCGAGGCGUCGCUGUGCUCGACGCAGCGCAUCCUGCCGUCGGCGUAUCUCGUGAUGAAGAAGGAGAUCAUUGCCGAGUACGUGCGGCGCGGGCGCCUCUCGCGCCGCGAGAGCCGCACGCUCUUCAAGAUGGACGUCAACAAGGUCGGCAAGGUGUUCGACCUCAUCGAGGCCGAGGGCUGGCUCGCCCCGCCGCGCCACGGCAGCUCGGCGCACGCCUCUGCGGCUGCGACGUUGGCGGCCACGACGCCCACGCCGAUGGCACACGCCGUGCUCAACGGCAGCUAGCCACGACUCCACGCCCAGCAUCCCUUUCCGCGCGACGCCGCAGCAUCUGUACGCUAUACCCACUUUACGACGUUGCAUUGACGACUGAGACGAGACACUCU